AACAGCAGCAGAAGCAAACCGAGAGGUGAACCAGCAGCCUCCAAUAAAAGCCAGCACAUCCAAAUAAAACCGAGAGACCUCAGCCCUCAGGCAAGCCGACCGCCGACGUACCACCGCGCCAACCCGAGAGAAAGAUGGAGAUGAUCAAGAGGAUCCUCAUCGCCGCGCUCCUCGUAGUCGCCGUCUCGGCCACCGCAGUGCUGGCCUCCACCGAGGCCGCCGCCGCCGGCGCCCCAGCCGCCUCCGAGUCGUCGGCGUCCGCCGAAGCCCCCGCUGGCGCCGCCGGCGCCGGCGCCGGCACCGGCACCGCCGCGGGGCCCUCCGCCAGCGGCGCCGCGCCCGCCCUCGCCGCCGCGCCCGCCGCGCUCCUCUUCUCCCUCCUCGCCUACUACCUGCACUAAGCGGACGGACGGACGGACGCGCGCAUGGCAUUGGCAUGCAUGGACUGUUGAACAUCUAUGCAUGCAUGGACGACGUCACUUGCAACGCUGUUCCCAUAUAGUACUACUGGUCUGCUAUGAAUAUCUAUGCAUGCAUGGUAACGGGUUGUGUUAUUUAAUUAUUAUUAUUACGUAGACAUUACUAUUUAAAAUUCAUGUGUUCGCGUCAAGUCGUUCUGUAAUCUUGUGAUGGAAUAUAUAUGAUAUUUCCUUUUAAAAUCAUUCGUUUGAAA